AUGACUAAGUUAUUUCGACGGGUAACGAACAUAUUCAAAAGGAAUCCUUCUAGUCCUCGUCAAACUUCAACAAAGCCGACUUCGAAUCCAUAUGAUAGACGCAAUCCAAAUCCAAAUAGAGUUGCGCAAACGAAAGAUGAUGACAAUGACGACGACGACGACGACGACGACUACGAUGAACGACCUAUUCGAGAUGAAUACGCGUCUACACCAUUAGAUAUUAAACCGCAGCGUACUACGCCAAGAUCACCAAAUCCAGUGAAUACUCUGCCUACACCGCUACCACAAGUGAAUAAUAAUGGUAUUCCUCAGCAUACGCCACAACCACCUGUCGAGGCUCUGCGUCCUAAAAGAACUCCUAACCAAUCGUCCAUUCCAACCGUGUCUCGAAUGCCUACAGCACCUGUACGACGUAAUCUACAACCGCUUUUCGAUCGACCUCACCGUCCACUGCGUAUUAGCCCUAACUCCACUCUAAUUAGUUUCCCUUCACAUGCAAUUCAGCAUGAUAUCUCAACUUUUCGUCAAGGCCCGCACUCUCAAUUUGUUAACUAUGAAUAUGAUUAUCCGAUUGAAAAUGUUGUUAUCGAUGGGAAUAUACCUUCGUCAAUGGCCAUGAAGAUCAAUCGAGCAGUCGAACGAGAUCGAUUUGGUCAUUCUCAACAGAUCAAACAUCCUUAUCGCAGUGGAACACGACGCAUACGCGAAAUCCCUCUUUACAAUAAUAGCACAGUCCCUCAACUAGUUAUCCAUAGAAUUCCUCGAAUAGAUGAUUUCUACCGGUACGAUCCAGUUUGUUAUCCACGCCCUUUUCAUCAUUAUGUCGCACUCUCUCUCUAA